CCAAUCCGUUUCUCAAUGGCAACCCUGAAAGCCAAUUGCAGUAUAACAUCCCUCCCGCUAUCUCCCUCCGGAUGAUCCAAUGUAGUAUUGACCACUCAAGAGGUUUCUGCCGCGCACGGAGAGCUCCGUGCGGAAAAAAACCGAACUCUGGUUGUCUGUAUGCCUACGGAGAAGGAUAGAAAAACUUCAGAUGAGAAGUUCCUACUAUGGAUUUGCUAUUAUUGCCAGAGUUUAUUUAUUGAGGCUCAACUAUCGCGUUGUCUUUUUUGAUGGAUGGAUUACUAAAUGCACGGACGAGGAAAGGGGAUCUUUAAGUAUAGCACGUUAAACGACUGUGGAACAACUAUUUUGUUUCUGCGACGUUAACGGUAGCCGUUGUUAUAAAGUCCCCACCGGGGGAAUAAUACGGCUUCGACUCGGGCGGGAAGUGUGUUGGAGAGGAGUUUUCUUCGGUUAUCCGUGUCGUGGGCUUUUUGUGGCUGAAGUUACCCGGCGGAUUGAGGCCUUGUCGGUGAGGCGACAAUGCUUGACAUAAUGUCUGAUCACCAAGAUUCACUCCUGACGUGCAAAACUGAAGCUCUGCCCCCAGAGAGGAGGAAGAGGACUGUUGAAGACUUCAACAAGUUCUGCAGCUUUGUCCUGGCUUAUGCUGGUUACAUCCCCAGUCCAAAAGAGGAAAGUUCCUGGUCUCCGACUUCGUCCAGCUCUGCACACAGUUCAGGGCUGUCGGUAGAUGGAGGCGGCGGGGGCAGCAGCUCCAUGGGAAACACCUGGGCCGACGGGAGCUCCGACAUUCACACCAUCCACACGUUUGUCCGAAAAGCCCGGGCGAACAAGGGCAAGAACAUUCGGCGCAUGCACUCCGACAGCACUCUGCUGGACAAGAUGCGCCUCAAAGACUCCCUCUACGAGAGCCAGUCGGCCUCCAAGGCAGAGCGCAAAAAGGACAAGAAGCUGAAGAAGCUGUCCCUGGGCUCGGCCGUGUCGGCGGCCGACAGCGGCAGCAGCGAGGGCGAGAAGCGGGCGCGCAUCAAGCGCAGCAAAAACUCUUCCAAACAGCCCAAAGCCAAGAAGCCCAAGAGCUCGGCCACGCAAAGCGAGACGGACUCCGAGGUGCGGAACUCCAGCGGCGAGGUGCGGGCGGUCCGGGAGGAGCUGGCGGCGCACGGGGGCUCCACCUCCAGCGUGAAGACGCAGGCCGACGACUCCAUCCGGGAAGCGGAGAUGAGCUCCAGCGAGGGCGAGACGUGGAUCGCCGACGAAGACAUCAUGGUCGAGUCAGGCGAUGACUCAUGGGACUUGAUCACCUGUUACUGCGGGAAGCCGUUCGCCGGGCGGCCGAUGAUCGAGUGCAACCAGUGCAGCAUAUGGGUCCACUUGUCCUGCGCCAAGAUCAAAAAGUCCAACGUCCCCGACAUCUUUUACUGUCACAAGUGCAGAGACUUGCGGCGGUCGGGACACAAAAAAGACACCUAAAAGUGAAGAAAGCCGGAGGGAGGAGAAGCCCUCCCUCCCCCCUCGUUUCGUUUCAAUCGCUGUCCUCUGACACUCACUCGUUUGAUGCCUACAGCCAGAACAGCCUAAAUUACCACCUGGACGGCAGCCGUAUCAUCAGUUUGUUGAAGGAUUUCUUUUGACAAUCACGCCCCUUCUUGUUUAUCCCUCCCAUUUUAAAAAACAUUUCUUUCUUUUUGGGUACUGUGAAGAACUCGACAGACGACAGUGACGAUGAUUGGGAAUCAUUCAUUUGAUUGAUUUAACAUUAUUUGUCUUUAUUCUUUUUGUUCUGCGACCUGCGUAUACAUUUUUGUGCUCGUCUUCAUGCUCUUUUUUUUUUUUUCUUUCUAACUUGUAAAUUUGUCUGAAGGGAGUGUAAUUCAGUCUGACACCCGUUUUCUUAACUUAAAACCAAUGCGAAACUUAAACACUGAGAGAGUUAGAUCUUAUAUAUUCUUUAUCUAAAAGAGAUUAAAGUUGUCACUCCUUAUUUGUUUGGAAUAUUUUACGAUCCUAGAUGGGCAGCUCUUUAUUUUUUAUGCUAAUCUUGAGAUUUAUUUUUCUCCGUCAGUGGCGACCACUGAACCUGACCGUGUAAGAGUUCCUCUCGAGGAAGAGAGAUAAUCGGCGUGCGUCCCCGUGGCUGCGCAGUACGCAGGCGGUUCUUUUUCAGCAGUGCACUUUGAAAACAGAAACCCAAACGCAGCCUCCAUCCCGGCGCUCCGGCUGGAUUUGGAGCUGAUUUGAAUCUGUACCCGGCUGCGUACUUUCAUGACCCAGGAUUUCAUCGUUUUUAAAGCGGCUCGUCCACCAAUCACCGACAGCCGUUUGCUAUCAACUUCUGCAUUGAAAGCUGUUAAAGUCACGAGAUAAAUGUAUAUCUCUUUUUUUUUUUUUUUGUCUUUGUUUUUCAAUAAAGUCAUCUGAGGGCGGCCAUGUUGCUGUAAGACAACUGGUUACGGUGCUUUACUUUGUCAAAGUGACAGGGGCUCGUUUGUGAAUGGUUGUAAAAUAUUUGUUUUAUCGUUUCAUUACAUUGUUUCUUAGCUUUCGGAAGAGCGGAGUUAGAGAUGCCCCCCCCCCACCCCUGCAUCAGAGAAAGGACAUGGGAUUGUCUCGCAUGGAGAACAAAGUUGUGUACAGAAAAAAAAAAGUUGAGACUGCGUAGGUUGUGGCGUUUUAUUUGUUUUUUACCACGUUUUUCCUCUUUUUGUUUGGAUGGGAGAGUCCUGGCGAGUCUUUGGUAGCAGUUGCACUCUCUGUACGACUUUGAUUCUGUGUACAUAUCCUGUUCUUUGACAACUGUACAUAUGUGAAAGUGAAAAGAGAGAGAAUACCCAAGCAAAUUCUAUAUUUUCUGCAGUCUGAUAUCGUUUUCUUUUAUUGUAGCUUGAAAAAUAAAAAUUCUUUGGGAAACUUAAAGGCUGUAUUCAUAUUUAUUUAUUGUUUAGUACACACAAACGAGCAAAACAAAGGGCUACGUCACAUUUUCUUUAAAUGUUGGCACACAGAAAAGUGUUUGUCGUGUUUGUCUUCCACCACUAGAGGGAGCAAGUUAGCGAUAUAACUCAGUAACUUAAAUAGAAGUAACGGAAUAAAUACCCGGAUGUACAACUCUUUACACAUCAGUUAGAAUGGAGAACAUAUUCGGAGGCCAGCUGGAGAAGCUUUAAUUUAUGUGAUCCUCCCUGUCCAUAUCAGGCUCAUCCUUUCGGUUUCGGAAACUGGACAUUUGAAAGCGGCCGAUGGAAUCCAUAGGGGCAACUUUUCUCCUCUUUUCGUUGGCUUUAUGGUUGCGCUGGUACUGGUUCUGGAUCUGGUGCUGGACUGAAACGCGCUCUUUGGAGUCAACCAGAGACUCCAAACGUCUGUCCCUGCUGG